GGCAGGCGGGCGGGCAGGCAAGGGAGGCGAUAGGAGCAGAGAGGACCACACGAGUUCUGUGUUAUUGUGCGAGACUUGCUGCUCCUGCUGCGGACACUGCUGUUCGUUUGCUGCUGACUGGAGAGUUUGUUUGCUGCAUCGUGUCAAAGGGAAAUUAUUCACCAACACAGUCCUGACUCCUGUGUCCGUCCACCUUCCUCUGAACUGGAAAAAAAAACGUGUGUGUGUGAGAGAGAGAGGGAGAGAGAGGGGGGAAAAAAAGAGUCGUGCUCCGCUGCAGAACUGUGAAAGGUGCAAUGCCGAAGCCUCACGUCCAUACCGCUUGCCCCGAUCCUCAGCAUUAAUCACUUGAGUUUGGAGCAGACCUGAGGGAAAGGGUUUUCACCACCUACAACGACACCUCCACCGAGCUGCAUGGGGGUUCUGGUCUGUUGUGACUGCUUCUUUUAUAGGAAGUCCAAAACAAAGCCGAAUGGAAAGAAGCCACCAGCGGAGGAGAAGAAGCACUAUCUGGAGCCCGAGUACACGAAAGUACGGGUGGUGGACUUCGACCUCAAAGAGCUAGUGGUGCUGCCCAGAGAGAUUGACCUUAAUGAAUGGCUGGCCAGCAAUACAACGACCUUCUUCAAUCUCAUCAACCUGCAGUAUAGCACUAUCUCAGAGUUUUGCACUGGGGACACUUGUCAAUCCAUGACAGCCUGCAAUACGAUAUACUACUGGUAUGACGAGAGGGGGAAGAAAACCAAGUGCACGGCUCCCCAGUAUGUUGACUUCGUCAUGAGUAUGGUGCAGAAACUGGUGACAGACGAAGAAAUCUUCCCAACAAAAUACGGCAAGGAGUUUCCUAACUCCUUCGAGUCCUUGGUGAAGAAGAUUUGUCGGUACCUGUUCCACGUGCUGGCUCACAUUUACUGGGCGCACUUUAAAGAGACGGUGGCGCUGGAACUGCAGGGACAUUUGAACACUCUGUACGCGCAUUUCAUCGUGUUCGUAAGGGAAUUCAACCUGGUCGACCCCAAAGAGACGAGCAUCAUGGACGAUUUGUCCGACGUCGUCUGCGCCCCCCUCCCCGCCGCACAGAACCACGUGACGGAGAGAUGAACCAGCGGGACCUGGUGGAGCCCCUGCGGAGAUGAGGACGAGAGGCCUCCUUCUUAGGCCGGGCUGCCUGGAUGGCAGGACUCAGAGACCUUUGACACCCUGACACUUUGCCACCCUAAGAACCAGUGAGCAGGGUGGGGGGGUGGGGGGGGA